CUGGAGUUAGCCAAUGAGGCACCAGCCCAAGUUUUCUCCCCAGAGGGGGACAGGUCCUGCCAGGUUCUUCUGAAUGUCGAGUCUACAGUGUCCGGGGAUUCUCUGCUCUGUGCUACCAGGGCUUGGUGAAGGUGUGCUGGCUGGUCUGACUGUCCCUUGUGGAUGCGAAUUUGAGAUCCAGAAGUCUCCCCAUGGCUUCUUAUCACAUCCGCCAGUACCAGGAGAGGGACCACAAACAGGUCCUGGACUUGUUCUCUAGGGGCAUGGAGGAGCACAUCCCCGCCUCCUUCCACCAUGCAUUGAUGCUGCCCCGAACCCUCCUGGUUUUACUUGGGGUACCCAUUGCCCUGGUCCUAGUGUAUGGUUCCUGGCUGCUGGCCAUUAUGUGUGGCUUCCUUCUGCUUCUAUUACUGUGGCUCCUUGCCAGACAGCCCUUGAAGAAGUUUGUGGCCAUGUGUUUACACACAGACCUGGCUGACAUCACCAAGUCCUACCUGAGGGAGCUUGGUUCCUGCUUCUUGGUGGCUGAGACUGAGGACCAGGUUGUGGGCAUGGCGGCUGCUCGGCCAGUCAAGGACCCCUCAUUAAACAGGAAGCAGCUGCAGCUCUUCCACCUGUCUGUGUCCUCACAGCAUCGAGGACAGGGAAUUGGGAAAGCGCUGAUCAGAACUGUCCUCCAGUUUGCACGGGACCAGGGCUACAGUGACGUUGUUCUUCGUACCACUGUGCUGAUGCAUGAUGCCGUGGCCCUCUACAAGGGCAUGGGUUUCCAGAAGACAGGCAAGUCCUUCUUCAACCCAAUAGCAAAGCUACUGACUGUCCCUUCAAUUCAUUUCAGGCUCCCACUCCCUUUGGCUCAGAAACAUGAGCUAUGAUCUUAUUUCCCCAUGCAUCUGUCAGCCUUCAGCUCACUGUGUUAUCACAAGCGAACCCCAAUGUUGCAGUGGACCAUAAAGGCUUAUUUGUCAUGGUCA